AUGGCACAGCGGCUGCGAGACGCGUCGCCCGGCAGCAGCCGCCGCUCCCUCCCCGAGCGGCUCCCGGGACGCCCUGCGCGCGCCUGUUGCCAUGGCGACGGGCGAGCGCCCGGAAGCAGGUGGGCUCGCGCCGCGCCCGGGGGGAUUCUGGGAAACUCCUCCCGAGCCGGGGGCCUGGGCAGGGGAAGCCCGGAGCGGGCGGGCUCGGCGGCCCCGCGGUCCCCGUCGUGCGCCUCGACCCCGCCCACGCGCUCGGGGGUCGCGGGCUGGGGGCGGCGUCCGUCCGGCCGCGGGGCCGGCGCGGAGUGCGUGAGCGCGUGGGCGGCGGCGCGGACGGUCGGGCCGCCUGAGCGCGGGGUCCGAGGCCCAGCUAUGCCGGGCCGCGGCGCGGGGUGGCCCGGCCGGCCGGGCCGGGGCGAGGGCGGCCGCGGAACGCGCGGCCGGGCUCGGGCGUCGUGGCGGGAGACGCGCGGCGGGAGGGCGGAGAAGCCGCCGCGCGGCCGGAGGCCCUGGAGGCGGGCCCCCCCAGGGGCCGUGGACGCCCGCGAGGCCUCGGGGCUGCCCGGCGGCGCGGGCGCCGUGUGGGUCAACGGGGCGGCGGGGCGGCCGCACGUGGUGGGGCCGGCGGGCUCCGUGUGGGUGACGGGCCCGGGAGCCGAGGCGGAGGCGCGGGCGCGGGCGGGCGGCGACGGGAAGGACCCGGCGGGCGCCGUGGGGCCCGAGAGCAUCCUGGAGCUGUGGCUCAAGGUGCAGGCGCUGAGGGCCGCCUCGGGGCCCCCGCCGGGCAGCCGCGUGGAGCUCCACCCCGUGCCCACCGGGGAGGGCCCCGUGGAGCGGGGGGUGCCCGGCCGCGCGUCCUGGGUGGAGACGAACCGCGGGGGCGUCACCGGCCCCUGGGUGAAAGGACCGGCGCGGGGCCUCCCGCGGGGCGCCGGCGCGCUGCGAGCCUUGUGCGCCCGCGUGUCGGGCUUGUGCGGGCUGCAGCCCGCGGCCUGGGUGCCUCCUGUGAGAGUGCCCGGGACCUUGGAGAGCAGGGCGGAGACGGCCCCCCUGCCGCCAGCCCGGGGACAGGCCGCGGGGGCUCCGAGGAUGGUGGACCAGCUAGGCUAUGGGGUGGCCCCUGCCACGAGGGGGGUGCCCGGGACCCCAGGGUGGCCUGAGGCUGCGGAGGUGCCGAGGACUGGGGAGGGCGUGCUAGACAGUGGGGGUACGGCGAGUUUGUGGGAGAGAGGACAGGUAGGGCAGGUGAUGGCCCAGGCGGCAGAGUGUGCAGAUACCCCCGGCGUCUGGGGUAGGAGACAGGCUGCAGGACUGCCUGAGGCUGUGCAAGAUGGGGUUGUCCCGGUGGGGGCCCCAGGCAUGUGGUUGAGGAGACAACCUGAGGAAGAGAGAGGCAUUGAGGGCAUCCCGGGUCUGUGGGGCACAGGACAACCGUUAGGAGAGCCUCGUGAGGAGGCAGCGAGAUAUGGCGGUGACCCAGGAUUCAGGGAUAGGGAUCAGGUUUUGUGGGUAGAUACGGGCUCUGGAGGGAAUCCAGGAUCCUGGGACGCCGCACAGGCUGAGGAGCAGGAGAGGCCUGGGGGUGCUCCAGACCUAUGGGGUGUAGAACAGACUAUGAGGGCCCCUCAGGCUUUGGGGAAGGAAGUGGGCUGUGGGUCUGUGCCCGGUGUGUGGGGGACAGAACAGCCUGUGAGCAUUCCCCAGGCUGUGGUGGCACCAGGAGUCAUAGGACAGCAGCCGAGUUGUGAUGCCAUCCCAGGGCUGUGGGCCAGGCAGCCAGGUCUGGGGAUUCCUGUGGCUGAGGUCAUGCCUGAAUCCAUCCAAGAGAAGCCAUGCUGUGGGAAUGUCCUGAGCUCCUGGGAACAGAGGCAGGCUUUGGAAGAACAGGAGGUUCUGGUGCCUCCAACAUUAGGGGCUUCUGGGCCUGUGGAUCAGGAGACUGGCUGCAGAGAUGCAUCCUGCCUCUGCAGGAGGAGCCAGGCAGUGGGUUUGAAUGAGAACUUGUCAGUGACUGGGGCGGCUGAUGUGCCCAUGCAAAGAUGUGCGCCAUCGGGGGCACCCAUAGCUGUGGAUCUGCCUGGACCUGGAAGGGUGCCCGAGAGGGUCCCAGCUGCUAUAUGGGUAUCUGGUCCUAUGUGCCAGGGAAGCAACUCUGGAGAUGUAUCAAAUGCAUGGGAAAGGGUUCAUGCUGCUAGAAUGCCUGUGGAAGCAGGGGCAGCUGUUUGCCCCGAAGAGCUGUGGUGUGGAGGAGAGGACACUACUGCUGGAGUUUACCCUGGAUCAUGGGGAAGGAGACAGGGACUUGGGGUGCCUGUGAUAUCUGUGGCUUCUGAAGUGCCUGGGCUUAGGACAGAACAGACUGGCUUUGGAGGUACCCCAGGUUCUUGGGUGAGGAGACAGAGUGCCAGUGUUCCUGCAACUACUGGAGUGCCUAAAGCUCCUAGGAGAACUGAACCUCUGGAGGAAGAGACAGGCACUGGGACUUUCUUAGGCAUGCCAAGAAGGAGACAGACUGCAGGAGUGCCUGUGAUUGCUGGGGUAUCCACAGCUGAUGCAGUGCUGGUUACUCCCAGGGUUCCUAGAUCGAUGCCAGAGACUGGCUCUGGAGGUGUCUCAAACUUGUGGGGGGAGAGGGAGAUAGUAGUAGGCUCUGCAGAUACCAGGUGUCCCACAAGGAUGGGUAUGCCCCUGACUGUUGGGGUGCGUGUGCCCAUGGGGGAGAAUGGUCCUGGGAGUGUCUCAAAUGUAUUGGGAAGUAGACAGACUAUAGGCGUACCCAAGGCUGUCAGAUUACAUACAGGCAGAGGGUUGCCUGGGCUGGUUGGGGAGGAAGUGUUCUCUGGGAAUCUCUUGGAUAAUGCUGGAAGACGACAGACUAUUGAGAUGCCUAUGACGGCUGGAGUUGCCAUGGAUGUAGGAGUAUCUACAGAAGCUGGGAUGAUGGAGGGUGGUCCUAGCUCUGGGGAUGAUUUAGACGUGUGGGGAAGGAGACUGGUGACUGAGGCUGCUGCUGCCAAUGUUCCUGGACCUGUGGUGGAGGAGUCUGGCUCUGGUGGUAUUUCAGGCGCAUGGCGAAGGAGGCCCAACGAAUCUGUCCCUGAGGGCCCUGUGAAGGCACCUCUGACUUUGGGGGUGCUUGCUGCUGUAGGUGUUCCCAUUGCAGGGCGCAUGCCUGCUGCAGUGUGGGUGACUGGACCUGCAGAAAAUGGUGUGGCUGAGUCAGGCCUCACUACGGUGAGGACACAGUCCACAGGAAGGGUUUCAGGAGAGGAAUCUGGAGAUGGAAGUGUCCUGGGGUUGUUCCGGAGGCACGAAGUUGUAGGGGUGCCUUACACCCAUGGUCAUGGGACCAGAAUAUGGAGCUGUCCAAGGUCCCAGGGGGAAGAUAGAGCAUAUGAGAAUGUGCCAAGAAUUGUAGAGUCAACAAUAACUAUGGAGGUGCCAGAAACUCUGACAACACAUUCAGAUUCCAGAGGGGAAACAGGAAUUAGCCAUUUCCGAGAGCAGGAUAGGAGGACACAGGCUAGAGUAUCUGGAUUCAGGGUGAGGGGGAGCAACUUGGGAGCAAAUUGUGGGGGGGAGGACAGAUUGAGAGAGUUGUUCCAGAAGUAGGUGAGGAGAAUUGCU